AUGGCAGACUCGAAUCUGCCUAAAUCAUCCAAAACAUCCGACCAACUACUCGCAUCUCUGCACGCUGCUGACUUACCGACAUCUGACGAAGCUUCAAGAUUCGCGAACGAGCUAUACAGCAGAAUACCAAGGGCUGCUUCUACUGCUGCUGCCACUCACAAGAGACGCAAAGAGACAAAGGAGACACUGGGCUUACUACGCAAGAACGAAACCUUUAAACUACUUCUCGACGAUGAUCAGGACACACAAAGUAGUGAACUACAACAAGAUAGCAAGAGAAGGAAGAAGGAAUCCAAAGCUAGUAGUAGCAAAGAUCAGGCUAGUAGUAGUAAUACUCGUGAUGAGAAUGACGGUGGCAAGAAACGAAACCUCAGACAUCGUUCUCCUGAUCAAGACCAAUGGCAGGCUGAUGACAAUGAACCUGCUGUAAAGAAACGUAAACGAUCCAUCUCCGCCGAACCAGCAUCUGACGCUGAACGGGAUCGUGAACGAGAAAAAGAACGGCUACGAGAUUUACAGGAACGAGACGAGUUUGCCGAGAGGCUGAAGGCCAAAGACAAAGAAAAGACGACUUCCAAACUAGUAGAAGAUAAAAGCGCUUCUGAAGCUGCUAGGAGGCGGCAACUCGGUGCUGAUAAAGAGGCCCGUAAAGGUGUAUUAAACGAUUUACGUGAAUUGUCUCGUCAGGAAUAUCUAGGCAAGAGAGAGGAGCAACGGCUCGCUCUCUUGGAAGCUGCCAUCGCCGAUGAAGAACAGCUCUUCAAGGAUGAAGCGCUGACGAAACGUGAACGUGACGACCUGGAGUAUAAAAAGAAACUGCUCAAAUUGGCCAAAGAACGCAUAUCUAUAAGCGACAAGGUGGAUGGGUAUCAUAUGCCAGAUGAUUAUAUAACAGAACGGGGUAAACUAGAUAAGAAAAAGCAAGAGGCUGCCCUAUAUCAACGAUAUCAAGAAACAGAUCCAUCCCAAUUCGUCACUGAACAAGACCAAUGGGAACAAAAUCAAAUCACAAAGUCGCUAUCCAAACCUGGUACUAGUAAAGGUCCUGGAGCCGAUGAGACAGAUUAUGACUAUGUAUUUGAUGAAUCUCAACAUAUUGAUUUUGUGGUACAAAGUGGUCUUGCUAAAUCCUCGACAAAGGAAGAUGCAGAGCAAGCUGAACUCAAGAAAAUGAGUGAUGCUCAGCGUAAAGAAAUGUCAAUGCAGCAAAUACGUCAGUCUCUACCGAUAUUUUCAUACCGUGAACAGCUGCUCGAAGCUAUAGAGCAAUUCCAAGUAGUAGUCAUCGUAGGUGAGACAGGAUCAGGCAAGACAACACAAAUCCCACAGUAUUUACAUGAAGCAGGAUACACCAAGGAUGGUAAAAAGAUUGGAUGUACACAACCACGACGUGUUGCUGCCAUGUCUGUAGCAGCUCGUGUAGCGGAUGAGAUGAAUGUAAAAGUAGGAUAUCAAGUCGGUUACUCGAUCCGAUUCGAGGACUGUACUUCAGAUAAGACUAUAAUCAAGUACAUGACUGACGGCAUGUUGCUACGAGAGUUCUUGACUGAACCUGAUUUAGGAUCCUACUCUGUAUUAAUCAUUGAUGAAGCACACGAGAGAACGCUACAUACCGAUGUCUUGUUUGGUCUUGUAAAAGAUAUUGCCAGAUUCAGGCCCGAUCUCAAACUGCUAAUCUCAUCAGCUACCAUGGAUGCCCAAAAGUUUUCAGAUUAUUUUGAUGAAGCACCGAUAUUCAAUAUUCCUGGUCGUAAAUUCCCUGUCGAAGUAUAUUACACCGCUGCUCCUGAAGCCAACUACCAUGCCGCCGCUAUAACAACCAUCAUGCAAAUCCAUAUUACUCAAGAUGCUGGUGACAUCUUGCUGUUUUUGACGGGACAGGAUGAGAUUGAAGCGGCUGAAGAGUCACUCAAACAGAUAUGUAGAUCACUAGGUAGUAAAAUAAGUGAAUUGAUAAUAUGUCCUAUAUACUCUACACUUCCGGCCGAGCAGCAAACAAAGAUCUUUGAACCAACGCCAGAAGGAGCACGUAAAGUCGUCAUCGCUACCAAUAUCGCCGAAACAUCCAUCACUAUCGAUGGUAUAGUCUAUGUCAUUGAUCCUGGCUUUUCCAAGCAAAAGUCUUAUAAUCCACGUACCGGUAUGGAGUCUCUAGUCGUCGUGCCGUGCUCUCGAGCCUCUGCCAAUCAACGAAAAGGACGAGCAGGUCGUGUAGGUCCUGGUAAAUGCUUUAGACUAUAUACAGCUUGGGCAUAUCAAAACGAACUGGAAGAAAACACAGUUCCCGAAAUCCAACGUACAAAUCUUGGUAAUGUAGUACUGUUACUUAAAUCUCUAGGAAUCAAUGAUCUAGUGAACUUUGAUUUCAUGGACCCGCCACCUGCCGAAACCUUGAUUCGAGCACUAGAGCAAUUAUACGCUUUGGGAGCAUUAAACGAUCGAGGUGAAUUGACCAAACUUGGUCGUCGUAUGGCUGAAUUCCCUAUAGAUCCCAUGCUCAGCAAGACACUCGUAGCUGCUGAAAAGUAUGGAUGUACCGAGGAAGUCGUAUCCAUAGUAUCCAUGCUCUCUGCCAACAAUGCUAUCUUCUACCGCCCGAAAGAUAAAGCAGUGCAUGCCGACAAGGCCAAGAAAAACUUUUACCGAACAGGCGGAGACCAUCUCAUGCUCCUCGCCAUCUGGAAUGCAUGGGUAGAAACCAACUAUAGUAUCCAGUGGUGCUACGAGAACUAUCUCCAGCACAAAACCCUGAAACGCGUACGAGAUGUACGCGAUCAGCUCGUUGGACUCAUGGAACGUACCGAGGUGCCUAUCAUAUCAAACCCAAAUCCAGCAGACUCGAUACCGCUCCGUAAAGCCAUGACUGCCGGUUUCUUUUACAAUACUGCUAGACUGCAGCGAUCUGGAGAUACGUAUCGAACUGUUAAACAUAGUCAGACCGUGUCGAUACAUCCGUCCAGUAGCUUGUUUGGACUGGUGGGCGAGAAUCCUAAAUGGGUCUUGUAUUUUGAGCUCGUGUUGACGACAAAGGAGUUUAUGAGGCAGGUUAUUGAGAUUCAGCCUGAGUGGUUGUUGGAAGUCGCACCACAUUACUAUAAACCCAAGGAGCUGGAAGAGGAUAUGAAUAGGAAGAUGCCCAAGAAGGCUGGAAAGUCUUCGGAAUAUGCUAAAAAGUGA